GGGAGGGAAGAAUGGCGGCACCCGGGCUGCGUCAUGGGUUGGGAAGGCUACCUGAGAUGGCGGCCGCAUUGCGGCGCUGGAACCGAGUGUAUAGCACGUCCCAGGCCUUUUCCGAGAUGCUAAGGCUGCCUCAGAAGCAACUGACGCGGAUACUGUACCCGCUGAGAGAACUAGAGGCGCACCUCGUCGCGGACAUGAGCCCUCUCCUUCAGUGGCGGCUCUUCGACCCGAGCCUGGAGGACAUCAAGAAGGCCGAGAGCGUGUUCACCGCCACCCCCCGGAACCGCAUCGAGUACCUCAGCUCGGCGGUCCGCCUGGACCACGCCCCGGGCCAGCAGCAGCCCGAGGUGUGUUUCAUAGGCCGAAGCAAUGUUGGAAAAUCCUCCUUGAUAAAGGCUUUGUUUUCACUGGCCCCUGAUGUUGAAGUAAGAGUCUCCAAAAAACCGGGGCACACAAAGAAAAUGAAUUUUUUCAAAGUUGGAAAAUAUUUUACAUUGGUGGACAUGCCAGGUUAUGGCUAUAGAACACCCGAAGACUUUGUUGACAUGGUAGAGCCCUAUCUAAAAGAACGGAAGAAUUUGAAGAGAACGUUUUUGUUAGUGGAUAGUGUUGUUGGAAUUACAAAGACAGACAAUAUUGCCAUAGAAAUGUGUGAAGAAUUUGCAUUACCUUAUGUGAUGAUAUUGACAAAAACUGACAAAUCUUCCAAGGGGUAUCUUUUAAAACAAGCACUUCAGAUCCAGAAGUUUGUCAACACAAAAACACAGGGCUGUUUUCCUCAGCUGUUUCCUGUAAGAUAUGCCAGCUUUCUCUGCUACAUGAUACUGGAGUCACUGCUGCCACCAUCCUUACAAUAGGUGACCACAGCACUGCAGAAGGCCACCCAGCACUCAUAUGAUACUUAUUUUUUUUAACUUUCAGAAAAUAAAUUUUCAAGGUGAUUAUCAUUUUGAAGAACAAACUAAAUAUGUAAAGUCUUAUUCUGGAAA